AUGUUGAACGAGAUAACAGGAUCCAUGCCGGCGCAUGAGCCCAGGAUCACGGCAUGGAAAACCCUAGAGGAUUUGGAUAUCACAGCGGGUGCGGGUACUUUCAAGACAAAAUGGUAUCGCAAGCCUGCCAGCAAGAACAUACUAGUGCAUUUCACUUCAGCCCAUCCCUCAGGUACUAAGAAGGCCAUCAUUAGAAAUAUGGUGCACACGGCCUCAAAAGUUUCAUCAGGAGAUGAAGAGAAGGCGGAGUCGGUGAAAAAGGCGCUUUUCAUAGCGCGGGCGAAAGAACCAGUAGUAAUCUACACUAAACUGGCUGUUGAGAAUAACGCUCAAAUGCCCGUAAAGAUUCUGAAGUUGGAAGGUAACCAGAUUAGAAACGCGCAACUUCGCGACAUCGACGGGGAAACAUUAGGCUCUGAAAGUAGGGGAGCAAGCGUCAAGAAAACGGGAAAGCAAAAAGGCAUAGGAAACGAUAGAAAACGCGACACGUUACCAUAA